GAGGAAAGUAAUCUACUGUUGCGGCUUACCACCUCAGUAGUAGGCCAUAGUUUGAAAGGAACACAACAAAUUAACAAUCGGUAGGAAAUUUUGUGCCCAUAUCGAGUGGAAAUGAUAAGAACGGCUCUCGCGCAACACCUUGGCAGAUCUGCGACACUUCUUCCUUCAUGUGUGGGAGGGGCGCGACUAUUUGCCUCUGCUGGCUCGGCAGGCGAACGUACCGCCUUGUACGACUUCCAUGUGAAGCAUGGAGGCAAAAUUGUUAAUUUCGGUGGUUAUUCUCUGCCAGUGCAGUAUGCCGAUCAGGGCAUUGCCGCCUCGCAUGUACACACCCGCAAAUUCGCCUCUAUAUUCGAUGUUUCCCACAUGCUACAAACUUACAUACGUGGCAAGGAUGCCAUCGAGUGCAUGGAAUCGGUGUGCACGGCUGAUAUUCGGGGUGCCGGCAAUGGCACUGGCUCUCUGACCGUUUUCACCAAUGACCAAGGCUGUAUUUUGGACGAUUUGAUUGUGACGCGGGUUCAGGAUGAUUUGCUCUAUGUGGUCUCAAAUGCUGCCAUGAAGCAACAGGAUAUGGGUAUAAUGGAAGCUGCCGUUAAUAGUUUCAAGGGCAAAGGCAAGGAUGUGAGCAUUGAGUUCCUGCGUUCCGAUGACCAAUCGCUGAUAGCCUUGCAAGGACCCACCGCUGUGGCCGCUCUGUCUCAGGUGGCCGCUGGAGAUUUGUCCAAAUUACACUUCAUGAACACCAUGGUUACGGAGGUGGCCGGAGUCAAAGAUGUUAGGAUCACACGUUGCGGCUAUACCGGUGAAGAUGGCGUCGAGAUUUCCGUAACCUCCAGCCAAGUGGAAACCGUCACCGAGGUGCUGCUGUCACAGACCAAGCAGCAGGUAAAAAUGGCCGGUUUGGGAGCUCGUGACUCUUUGCGCCUUGAGGCUGGUCUCUGUCUGUAUGGCAGUGACAUUGACAACAAGACCUCACCCAUUGAGGCAGCCCUUGCUUGGUUGGUGGCCAAGAGACGCAGAGCCGAAGAGAAUUUCCCCGGGGCCAAUAUUGUCAAUCAGCACCUAAAGCAAGGCGUACAACGUCGACGCAUUGGCUUGACCAUGAGUGCCUCCGCUAAGCCACCGCCAGCCCGUGCCGGAGUUGAGAUCUACAAGGAUUCCCAGAAAGUGGGUCACAUUACCAGUGGCUGUCCCAGUCCUUCGUUGGGUUUCAACAUUGCCAUGGGCUACAUCAAGGAGGAGUUGAAGAAACCCGGCUGCGCGGUCCAAUUGAAGAUACGCGACAAAUUCUACGAUGCCCAAACUGCCAAAAUGCCAUUUGUUAAGACUAAUUAUUAUGUUAAGCCAAAACAAUAGCCCCGGCUUUGCGACAGCCUCAACGACGGCUUUUAAUUGAAUGUGAAAUAUUUAACGGCAAUAAAGAAGAAAACGAUAUCACGAUAACAGA